AUGGCUCAGAGGACAGUAUUUAGCAGUAAUGUGAAAGUAGGAAACUGGAAUGAGGAGCUGCUCCGGCAAGAGGAGUCAAAGAAAGCGUAUCAGGACAAAAGGGAAAGUGGCAUGCUUGCUACUCAAAAAAUAGACUUCCUCAAACAGAACAUGUUCGGACCGGUGAAUCUCUCGAUGACAACUGAUGGACGGUUGCACUUUGGAGACGUUGUUAUGUUGGUGAACAUGGGAGGAGAAAACAGGGAGUGCAGUGCAGUCAGCAUUAACGCUGGCGUUAACAAUUUGAUAAGGAUUCCUUCGCCUGGCAUUCAGAGCCCCUGUGGAGUCAGUGCAGGAAGAGGGAUCCUGCCCUGUAGGCGCACUGCCUUCAUCAUCACCAGUGUAGACGGCAGCCCUGAAGGAUCAACUCUGCUCUAUGAGCAAAGUUUUGCCUUGACAACUACAAGUGGCUUUGCCAGAGGACUUUACUUGACAAGUGAUAUAAAAAGUUUUGGAAAGUGUGCACAGAUUUCUCGUCUGCAAGAGGUUACCUUGGUGGACGAGGGUUCCUUUCCGUCAUGGUGGAAGAUAGUGCACUUUGACCCACAGGAGAGGCUUGAAUACGAGGGUCAGCCUGUCCUUGCUGAUGUGAAGGUGGUGAUCAUACACUGCAAGACAAACCAGGCUCUUGCUGUUAUGGGUGAUCACAUCCGUUGGACCACAUAUGGCAAAGAGUACGAGGUGACAGCUCACACCUUCUUGGACUCCCACAAAGUGGAGGAGGACAAAAACCACUGGAUACUGUGCAACCCCGACCCUGCAGGAGCGGGGCUUGUGCCUCUGGACCACCCAGAGUCAGAGGGUGACAACAAGGAGCCCACGCAGGGGAAAACAGAUGGAAUCCACAGUAUUACAGCCAGGAUGGCUCACAGGAGAGGAUUCAGCAGUACUGUGAAAGUAGGAAACUGGAACGAGGAGCUGCUCCGGGAAGAGGAGGCAAAGAAAGCUUAUCUGGACAAAAGGGAAAGAGGCGAGCUAUUUGCUCAAAAAAUAGACUUCCUCAAACAGAAUAUGCUCGGACCGGUGAAUCUCUCGAUGACAACUGAUGGACGGUUGCACUUUGGAGACGUUGUUAUGUUGGUGAACAUGGGAGGAGAAAACAGGGAGUGCAGUGCAGUCAGCAUUAACGCUGACGUUAACAAUUUGAUAAGGAUUCCUUCGCCUGGCAUUCAGAGCCCCUGUGGAGUCAGUGCAGGAAGAGGGAUCCUGCCCUGUAGGCGCACUGCCUUCAUCAUCACCAGUGUAGACGGCAGCCCUGAAGGAUCAACUCUGCUCUAUGAGCAAAGUUUUGCCCUGACAACUACAAGUGGCUUUGCCAGAGGACUUUACCUGACAAGUGAUAUAAAAAGUUUCCAAAAGUGUGCACAGAUUUCUCGUCUGCAAGAGGUUACCUUGGUGGACGAGGGUUCCUUUCUGUCAUGGUGGAAGAUAGUGCACUUUGACCCACAGGAGAGGCUUGAAUACGAGGGUCAGCCUGUCCUUGCUGAUGUGAAGGUGGUGAUCAUACACUGCAAGACAAACCAGGCUCUUGCAGUUAUUGGUGAUCACAUCCUUAGGACCACAUAUGGCAAAGAGUACGAGGUGACAGCUCACACCUUCUUGGACUCCCACAAAGUGGAGGAGGACAAAAACCACUGGAUACUGUGCAACCCCGACCCUGCAGGAGCGGGGCUUGUGCCUCUGGACCACCCAGAGUCAGAGGGUGACAACAAGGAGCCCACGCAGGGGAACACAGACGGAAUCUGACAAAUCCAAAAGGAAACUUUUUUGAAAGAGGCAUUUUUUACGCUUCUUCCUUUUAUUGAUUGAUUUUUAUAAUGGUGUCAUACACAUGAUGUGCCCAGCUUGAAACACACUUACAAUCUCCAUUGUUUAGAAAUAAGUACAAAACAGAGAAGUGAAUAAAAGCCAGAAACCACAGCAGCAGCAUCAAGAACGAUACUACACAAAUAAACCAUCCUGACAUUUUGUUCCAAGAUUUCAAAAGUAGCCAAUUU